AUGCUAAACGAAACAACCUCACCCUCUUCAUCUUCUUCUCCAGAAUCACCACCCUACUAUAACAUUUCCACAGAUACUGAACAAUCUGACCCUCACUCUCCAACUCUGGCUCAGCUUCAAACACAUGCUCUAGCCUCUCAACAGCCAACACAAUCCAUUCCUGAACCAGAAGUCACCUCAUCACCCAUAGAAGAACCAAACACAACCACAUCUGACCCUCCACCAUCUGAAACAAUUCACGCUGAAACACAACCACCCAACUCUGAUAUACCUCCACCAAAUACAUCCGUUGAACCACAAACUCCCACACUCAACCUAAGCCCUCCCACUUCUCCACCCCUAGCCUCUGAACCUGAAAACACCCUUCCAACCCUUGAGGAAGCAAUAAUGGUGUUUGCAGAAGCUUCAGUUGACAAGGUCAAGUCUCUGACCAUCAACUCUAGCGUCAGUGACGAUCCUUCCGUUGUAAGGACACACUGGAACAGAGAAGCUGAAGCUAAAGCUCUAGCUGCUGUCGCUGCUGCCGCUGAAGCUGAAGCACAAGCCAAAGUUGCCGCUGAAGCAGAAGCACGUCUAGCUACAGAGUCUGCCACCAGGGUAGAACAUGAUGCUCUGACUCAGGGGGAGUCCACCACUUUUGUCCCUCUGGUUCUAAAUACUCUUGAGGAACUUCAGAAAGAACAGUAG